CUACGUGUAAUCUUGUGGUGGACAGUUUGGACGGGACAUGCCCUCUCCGCCGCAUCGACGCGUCGACAUUGUUCUUCUCGAGGAAUCAGGUGAAAAUAAUUCGUCCCCCGGAGGAAACUCCGCUGCCUCGCCCCUACCUGCGUUUCACCCCUUUUAUCACGCACCUUGCACCAAGGACGGCAGGGCAGCCUGGAGUUCUUCGGCCUCUUUGGCCGCGGCCCAAAGAAGAGCCUCCUUGCCGCCGUGGACUACGGGGGAGUUUCCCACGUGUACGACCUCCGGGACAGCGCCAUCCACGGCAUCGUCUCCCCUCCACGACCUCCGGGAGAUGAUGGGCCAAAAAAGCACAGCGAUCCCGCCGUCUCCCUCGCCGUCGGUGACGCCCUCUAUGUCAUGGACUCAGCCUGACCCAGUCAGCCGUUGCGGCUUCCAGGCCCUCACUCGCGACACUCCCAAGGACGACGCGACGGGCAAGUUGGGCUGGGGCUGGCACCGCCUCCGGCCACCGCCUUUCGUGCUCGAGCCUGGCUACCGCACGACACGCAUCGACGGCUACACGGUGGUCGGCGGCUCCGCCAUCUGGGUCUCCACGCCGGGUAUCGACACGGUGCGCGGCUCGUGGAGCAAGGCCGGCGACUGGGAGCUGCCGUUCCAGGGCCGCGCCGACUUAUUCCCGGAGUACGGCGCGUGGCUCGGCUUCUCGUCGCGGGACGGCCGUAUCUGCUGCUCGUCGGGGCUGGAGGCCAUGGCGCAGCGGGCGCCGGGGCUGGACGCGGUCUGGGAUGGCCUGCACCUGCCUGGGAAGUGGACCCCUCUCAAGUCGCGCCUCGUGCAGCUUGGGCCCGGCGGCGGCAAGUUUUGCCUGGCCAUCUUGUAUGAAAGGAUCGACAACGAGGUGUUCGAUCAGGUCACCAUACCCCAGGUUGAGAGGUGCGCCGUGUUCACAGGGUUGGUGCUGAAGCGCGGCGGGAGCGACGGCAUGGGGCUCGAGAUGACCAAGCACAAGUCGAGAAUCUACAGGUUUCAGGGAGGAACCACCACCGGCUGGGUAUUUUGAGUUGAACCUGGUGAAUUUUGUCGCGUGAUCGGUCCUCCUAUCUUUUUUAUGCAAAACCAUGCUAAGUAUACUUGUGGAGUUGCUAUGUUACUGUCAAAUGUCAAUCUUUCAAAUCGAAUUUGCAAGAUUUGCAAUGCAUCUGUUGAAUGA